CGCCCUUCCGGCUGGCAUUGUUACGUCAGCUGCCGCAGGCCUACGGAUUCCCGGCUGUCCCCGCAGCCGGGAAAGGUCAUCGCAGUCAUGGCGUUAUUGGCGUCGGGGGCCUACCUGACCCAUCAGCAGAAGGUGUUGCGGCUUUAUAAGCGGGCGCUGCGCCACCUCGAGUCGUGGUGCGUCCACAGAGACAAAUACCGAUACUUUGCUUGUUUGCUGAGAGCCCGGUUUGAAGAACAUAAGAAUGAAAAGGAUAUGAUGAAGGCCACCCAGCUGCUGAAGGAGGCUGAGGAAGAAUUCUGGUACCGUCAGCAUCCACAGCCGUACAUCUUCCCUGACUCUCCUGGGGGCACCUCCUAUGAGAGAUACGAUUGCUACAAGCUCCCAGAAUGGUGCUUAGAUGACUGGCAUCCUUCUGAGAAGGCAAUGUAUCCUGAUUACUUUGCCAAGAGAGAACAGUGGAAGAAACUGCGGAGGGAAAGCUGGGAACGAGAGGUUAAGCAGCUGCAGGAGGAAACGCCACCUGGUGGUCCUUUAACUGAAGCUUUGCCCCCUGCCCGAAAGGAAGGUGAUUUGCCCCCACUGUGGUGGCAUAUUGUGACCAGACCCCGGGAGCGGCCCACAUAGAGAGAGAGAUCCCUCAUCUUUCAUACUUGCAAGUGAAAUACGUUACACAACAUGCACUUGCCCUAAUAAAAAAAUCAAUGAAAUGGUC